UUAAGUUUGACAGUCAAACAAAUUCCUUUGUUUUCGAAUAAAAAUAUUGGUCAACAACGAUCAUCGAUACGAAAUGGUCAAUUUUAUCAAUCAAUUUCAUCAUCAAUUUGGGAAAUACUUCAUGAUACAUUACCAACAAUAAUGAUUAAUGAAACAUCAACAACAAAUGAACAAUCUUUUUCAAACAAUCCAGGAUCGAAUAUAAAUUGUAUACGAAUGUGCCAAACAAAACCUCAUACAUCAUCAUCAUCAUCAUCAAAUCAUUAUAAUGAACGAAUUAUGAAUCGUAAAAAUCGUUAUAAAUUGAAUCGUAAUCAGCUGGAAUUAUAUCCCGAAUUAAUGGUGAUUGAAAAUAUUCGACCAAAAUGUAUUAUACAUUUAGAUAAUCAUAAUAUAAUGAAUUCUUCGUCAAAUUUUAAUACAAAUCAAGCUGCAGCAGCAGCAGCUAAUAAUCAUUAUUCACUUGCAUCAUCAAUGAUGACAGGAAAUAAUGGUGGUCAAUCAAUAUCAUCAUCAUCAUCAUCGUCGUCGGGUCAAUCACAAAUAAAUAUAGCCGAUAUUGGAACAAAAAAAACUUGUAUUGAAUCAUCGAAACAUGUACUGACACAUAAUGGUUUAAUUAUUAAUCAUCCAACAUUGAAAUUAAUUUUAACACGUCCAAAGAAUCAAGAAUUUGAACCAAUGGAAAAAGAAACGCUCGAACCAUUAGAAUUUUAUCUAAAAUUAGAAUCAAAAAAUUUAGCUUCAAAUGCACAAUAUUUUGAUUUAGUUCUUAAGAAAUAUAAAUGGUCAGCAUCGGUUAGUUUAUUGUAUCCGGAAAUUUAUCCGGGUAUUUUAACUGGACAAACAUCUGUACCGGUUGAAUCGGCACAUCAUCAUCAACAACAACAACAUAAUAAUCAUCAUCAUUAUGGUCAUCAUCAUGAUCGUUUACCAAAUGUUUAUUUUCGUUUUAUUUUUGAUAAUCUUAAAAUUACAAAAUGGGGUUAUCGUUAUUUAUUGAAAAUAACUUUACGUUCAAAUCCAGCUUGUUAUACAAUCGAAACAACAUUUGGUCCAUUUAAUGUUCGGCCUUCGAUUGAUUUAUCUGAACAAAAAUCAAUGAUUAAUGAUACCAGCAAUAACAACAACGACAGCAGUAACAACAACAACAAUGAUGUUCAUUUUGUAUGGACAACUGAAAAAUGUCAUUCAAUUCGUAUCAAUCUACAAGCAUCAAUUGUUAUCGAUCGUAAUAAUCAACAGGUUAUAGGUGGUGGUGGUCAUCAUCAUAUACCUGUAUCAAGAUUUAUUGAUUAUUUAUGUAAUUUAAAUAUGGAAAAAUUGAAUAUUUUCCUAAUAAAUUUUCUAACAAAUCGUGCAGCAACAACAGCAACCGAUAUGAUACCACCGGUAAUAAAAACACUUGUUGCUAUGCAAAAUUCAGCUAAUCAUCGAAAUGAACGUCGACAAUUGAUGGCCACAAGAGAAUGGACAUUUACCAAUGAAAAUAAUCCACAAAAAUUGCUGCAUGAUUUUAUACAGGAUAAUAAUUUUCAUAUUAAUGGUACACAAUGUUUACAGAUAUUAUUUCAAUCAAAAAAUGUUUCGAUGUUACAUAAUUUGGAUCGAACAUCAUCGACGACAGCUACAAUCAAGCCAUCAACAUCGUCGCAAUCGAAUUCAAUUCAAGAACAAUUCAACAGAUAUUAUGAAAAUUUUGUCCAAUUUCAACAACAACAAUUACGUCAACGUUUAAUCAAUAUGACAUUUAUUUAUUCGGGUGAAUUAUUAUUGAAAAUUAAACAAAUCUUUGUUGAUGAUAAACCAUUAUACGUGCCACCACCACCACCGCCACCUAUUUCACCAUCAAUUCGUCCUGGUUCAAGAACGAACAAAGUUCAUUUUGGUAUGGGAUUUCAUCGUAAAACAACAACAACAAAACAAUUGGAUUCGAACAAGAAAACAAAUUCAACUAAUCGUAUUGUUGAAAAACGAAAAUCCGAUGAAUCUUUAUCAUCAACAACAACGUUGUCCACAACUGAAACCGAAUAUAAAGAAGAUGAAGAAGUAGAAUAUUUAGGUAGUAGUAGUCAAAAUGCUCGAGCUACAACCACUAUUCGCCCGUUAAAACCACAUCGAACUCGUAUUAAAUCAAAUUCAAAUAGACAUUCAUCAUCAACAACCGUUGAUCCAUUUAUAGAUGAUAAAGAAAAUGAACAAAAUUUUUCCAAUAAAUCAUUGGUUUGGAUUUUAAUUUUGUUUGUUAAUACUUUAUUGGUUUUUGGUUUUAUCAUUUUAUUUGCCAUUUGUUAUUAUCGAAAAAUUAUACAUGAUACAACAAUAAUAAAACAACAACAACAACAAAUUGAUAAAAUGGCUGAUGAUCAACAAAGUGUUCGUCCUAUACAUCAAGAUGAUGUUUUUAUGUUGAACAAUAAAGAUUAUAAUAAUGGUCAUCCAUUAAGUUCAGGUAGUUCACAUGAUUCAUAUCGAUCUGGUCAACAACAAUCAUCACCACAUGCUUUUGUUGGUAAUGGUCGUUCAAUUGAAAUGAUCUAUGAAAAAGCAUUAAAAAAUCAAGCUUUAAAAGUACAACAAAUGAAUCGAUUUAUAUCAUCAGCAUCGAAUAAAUCACAGGACGAUUCUAGUUCUGUAAAUCAAAAUCAGGUCUCAUCACCAUCUUUAUCUGUUGGUAUCACUGGCGAUGGUAAUAAACAGACACUUAAUUUGCCCGAAGAUCAACGACCAACAAUAACAACUUCAUCGAAAACUAAUCAAUCGGAAAAAAUUGAAACACCUAAACCGAUUGUUGUUGAUUAUAAUGAAGAUUGGGAAUUAAUUCAACCAAUUUCACCAACUCCAGUUAACAAAAUUAGUGGUGGUGGUAGACAUCGACAACGACGACGAUCAUCAUUACGUCCAAUGGCAAAUGGUCGUUAUUCUACUUUAUCAUUGGCAGCUAAUGAUCAAAAUGAUGAAACGAAUGAAGAUUUAUCAACAAAUGAUUCGGGUGAAUCACUUGAUCGUAAAUAUUCAUUACGUGGUGAUGAAAAUGAAGAGGAAAAAUAUUUCAUAUACAAAGUAAAAGAUGUAAAUCUUGUACCGAAAAAAGAAUGCGUUGGUAAAGUAAUUGUUCCACGUGAUAUGUUUGGUGAUCGUGGACAUAAUAUUACAUUGGAAGAAUUUCGAAAACUUAUACGUCAAUCUAGUGAUGAAAUGUUACGUGAAGCAGCUAGACAACGAUUCAAAUACCUGGCAGAAUCAUAUCAUUUAGUUGCAUCAACACAAGAAUCUGAUACACCUGUACGACAAAUUUAUCCAACUCAAGGUGUAUUUAUUAAAUUAGAUAAUGAACCAUAUCCAUGGCGUCGUGAAAUUGAUACUAGUUGGACAGCUAAAUUACAGGCUGAAUAUGAACGUAAAUUUGGACCAAUACCAUUAUCAUCAUCUCGUCAACAACGUAAACAAAGUUCAGUAAACCAAGCACAGCUAGGACGAUUAUCAAGAAUACAAGAAGAAGAAAAUAAAGAUCGUAAUUGGGAAGAAGAGGAAAAAGAAGAUAAUCGAAAUGUUUGGGAUCCUAAACGAAUUAUUCAACAAGCACAACAACGUCGUCGUAGUAGUAUUAAUCGUGUUGCACCCUUAUCAAUGAAAGUUUAUGAUAAUAAAAUCAAUCCACGAACAAGUGCCUUUCAAACAACAAUUAACAAUCGUCCAAUGGGCAAAUAUGAUUGGUUUCAAUCACAGCCAACAUUUAUAUCAACAUCAACAUUUGAUUAUCGUUUUGGACAACAACAACAACAACAACGACGAAAACAAUCGAUGGCCAAAAUACGUCAUAAAGGUGAACGUAAGUUAAUUCUUGUGUAA